UUGAGUGACGUAUCAAGCGGAUGAGGAUUGAGAUCUGAUGUUCGUGCUGGUCAUAUUGAACGCUUAAAACAGAUAAUACUGCAGCUUCCAGAUGUCUGAGCAUGUCUAUGAGAAGUUCCUUGCUCCAGAAGAGCCAUUUCCACUGCUUUCACAGGGAGGAAACUUCAGUGAAAAUGCCACACUGGAUAUUAGCGAAUUUGGGUGUCAGUUGUCAUCAUGUCACCGAACAGACCCUUUACACCGCUUUCACAGCAGCAGAUGGAACCUGACGUCAUGCGGCACAAGUGUUGCCAGUUCAGAGUGCAGUGAGGAACUCUUCUCCUCUGUUUCUGUGGGCGAUCAGGAUGACUGCUACUCCCUCCUGGAUGAUCAGGAACUCACCUCCUUUGACCUGUUCCCAGAAGGCAGUGUCUGCAGCGACGUGUCGUCCUCCAUCAGCACUUAUUGGGACUGGUCAGACAGCGAAUUUGAGUGGCAGUUACCAGGCAGUGACAUAGCCAGUGGCAGUGAUGUGUUGUCAGACAUCAUACCCAGCGUGCCCAGUUCACCCUGCCUUGUAUCCAAAAGAAAAAACAAACCACACCGAAAUCUGGAUGAGCUUCCCUGGAGUGCCAUGACUAAUGAUGAACAGGUGGAAUAUAUUGAAUAUUUAAGUCGAAAAGUGAGCACAGAGAUGGGUCUUCGGGAGCAACUUGAUAUCAUAAAAAUAAUUGACCCGAGCGCACAGAUACUGCCGACAGACAGCGAGUUCAUCAUUGAACUUAACUGCCUCACAGAUGAAAAACUUAAACAGGUGAGGAGCUACAUACGUGAGCACAGUCCACGGCAGCGUCCCAGCAUGACACGUGAUGGCUGGAAGAGGAGCAUGGCGAGCAGUGGCAGCACCAGUGGUGUGAGUGCUCACAGCAGCAGUAAUGUCAGCAUAGUAAGCAGUGCCAGCAGUAGCACCACUUCCACGGGGUCCAAUUCUUCCACAAGUAUCAGCCGUGCACACAGCGAUGGAAACCUGGCCACCGCUGCAGAGCGAAUACGAGACUCUAAGAAACGCUCCAAGCAGAGGAAGAUGCAGCAGAAAGCUUUACGCAAGCACCAGCUGAAGGAGCAGAGACAGGCUCGCAAAGAGAGAUUGAGCGGCCUCUUCCUGAAUGAGGAGGUCCUUUCACUUAAAGUCACAGAGGAGGAAGACCAUUGUGAUGAUGUUGAUGUAUUGAUGUGACGAGAGUAAAUUAUUCAGUGUUCCUUCUAAGCCUCUUCCAAUGCAGCAUUAAUUACUCUGUUCUAGACAUCUCUCGGCAACCAGGGGCCUGAUGUAUAAACGUUGCGUGCGCACAAAAAAAGGCAUUGAAAUAUGUGUACGUAAUUUUCCCCGCACAUAUCAGGAUUUAUAAAAAAAUAAACUUAGCGUAAAUAUGUGCGUAUGCAUUCUUUUACUGGAGUGAGAA